GUCUGCGCGACUUUUCUUCGAUCAAAAAAAACAUUCUCUUACUUCUUCUUGUGAAAUUCUUCUUUGUUAAUGGAGGCAGCGCGAGCGAAACUUCUUAGAGAUGUUCUAGCUUUUGCAAGAGCUAACAAAUCCAGAUUUCCGCCUGCAAUUGCUGCAACAGCACGGCCUGCUGCAACAUCCAGACCGACAUUGGGAGCUUUCCCUGGACUAUUCAGCCGAGAACCUUUCAUGUUUAAGUGCCCCCCAGAAGCUCCUGUUACUGCUUCUAGUCUGAAAAAUGCACUAGGACAUGCAAAGCCACAUGAAGAUCUAAAGAUAACCGAUGACAUUGCCAAUUCUGAGGCUAAGCUCCAUGAACUAGAACGUAAUGAGCUACGUGAAGAUCUAAAGGUAACCGACUAUAUUGUCAAUUCUGAGGCUAAGCUCCAUGCCCUGUUUUUGAAGUGGCUUGCGUUUAAUGAAGACACCCAUUUUGAUUUGGAAGACGGAAAAGCUUUUAAAGAGAGGUUUGGUAUUUUUAAGGAAACCGCUCGGUUCAUCAACCAACAUAACAAAACCGGCUCUCCCACCAUUUGCGGAUUAACCCCCUUUGCAGAUUUGACUCUUGAUGAGUUUGCAAGUAGAUCGUGGAAGACGUUUUCGAAGAAACCUAACCAGGUUAUAGCUGGUAUACCCGAGUACAUGGAUCUGAAAGCUAAUUAACUAACCAGGUUAUAGCUGGUAUUGUAAUGUGAGUGUGUGGAGUUUCUAGUUUAUUUUGAUUAAUGGUUCUGUUGGGCAGGUAGUAUAGUAUUAGUAGGUCUGGUAUUGUAAUGCGAGUGUGGGGAGUUUGUAGUUAUUUUGAUUAAUGGUUCUGUUGGACAGGCAGUAUAGUAUUAGUAGAAGUAGUCGUAGUAUACUCAUCGCAGUAGUAGUGGUAGUGCUGCUGCUAGUGCUAAAAUCGUCAGGACUUGAAAUGGAACUGUUUGUUGAUACUUGAUUGUGACUUCUCUAGCAUAGUAAUGGA